UUGAACACAGUAUGGGCAUAAUGGGGAUUUGGGUAAUGAAAGAUGUUGAGAAGUUCUUUUCUCUUUCUAAUUUUUUUGCUUCUUCUUCACUGUUUUCAUAUUCACCAGUGCAGAGCUUCCUCUCUGUUACUCAUAUAAACCCCAACCAGAAGAGAGAGACAGUACACAGAGAAACAUUGCUGAAUCUGCUCAACAAUUGAGUAGAAAACAGAUAACAGGGCAGAUCUGGGGAAAUUAAGCUUUGGAGCACACAAUUUCCUCAAUCAAUGGCUUCCAAAUUGAUUCUGAUUAUAGUUUUUGUUCUUGAUGUUAUUGCUUUUGGCCUGGCUGUUGCCGCUGAGCAAAGAAGAAGCACUGCUAACGUCGUGCAAGAUAAAGAAAAGGACUACAACUAUUGUGUGUAUGAUUCUGACGUCUCAACAGGCUAUGGAGUUGGUGCUUUUCUACUUCUCAUGGCCAGCCAGACCCUCAUAAUGGCAGCUAGCCGAUGCUUUUGUUGUGGAAAGUCGUUAAGUCCUGGAGGUUCAAGGGCAUCGGCUGUUAUCCUAUUCAUAAUCUGCUGGGUGUUUUUCUUCAUUGCUGAGGUUUGCUUGUUUGCGGGUUCAGUAAGGAAUGCCUACCACACCAAGUACCGAACCAUGUUCGGUGACAAUCCUCCAUCAUGCCGAACUUUGAGGAAGGGAGUUUUCGGUGCUGGUGCAGCAUUCAUUUUCCUCAAUGCAAUUGUAUCAGAACUCUACUAUGUAUUCUACUCAAAGGCAAGAGAAAGCUUUCUUCCAUACGGCGGAGAAACUGGCGUUGGCAUGGGAACCUACAAAUGAGUGAAUGUUUAGUCAAGCUUAAUAGGUUACACUUAAGCUUCCAUCGACAUUCCCAGGCCGAUUUUGAGAUAAUUUUACAUAUCAACUACUGGUUUUAGUUAGGAAGAAAUGUCAGUAUCAUAAUUUUUACUGUGUAGUUAUUUUAACCAGGGCUGCUGGGCUUUUUUCUUUUUCAUAUUGGGUGGAUUGUUACAUUUGUAUUGACAAUAAGAGACUUCCUACAAAUAGUUGUAUUUUUUAUGAGACCUCAGUGACAUAUAUGUUCUUGUGUUUUCCAUUUUUUAUCAAUGGGUAUUUGAUAUAUUCCAGAAGAAA